AGCUUCUCUGCCGUCUUUUAACAGUCAUGUACAUGGUUGUCGUGCAGCGCUAUACAUGAUAAUUGAAUAGAACAUUCGAACGUUAAAAUUCACAGAAUGGAAUGAAACUACUAUGCAUUGAUUCAUACCUACAUCUACAUUGGUAGAAUAGAUAUUCAAAUAUUUUUCACUAUUAUUCCACCAAUGUAAAAUAGACUAUGAAUCACUGUUUAUUUGCUUGUUUUUAAACACAAGAAAAAGUAUGAUCUAUCUUGAGGGUGUGGGUGUGGGUGUUGUUCUUUUCAUUAUCAUACUCAACGAACGCCCAAACCCACACACCCACACUCACACCCACCCACACCCACACCCACCCCCCCCCCCCCACCCCCCCCCCCCCCCCCCCCCCCCCCCCCCCCCUUCAACGUUCCACAACUUCUUUCAAAAUCAAAUCGUCUUCAAUUAGAUGCUUGUCUAUUACCUGAUAUAACUCCAAUAAAUAAUUCUCAUUUAUAUAUUCGUCGUUUAAUCUUUCUACGUCAAUAUGAAAUGUUACAUACACAAUGUUCAAUUCAAGAAACACGUUUUGAUUUAACUGAACCACUUGUUCUUAUUCGAGUAUUAGCUAAAAUACAUAUUGAUAGAUAUAAUAAUUUAUAG